UAAAAUGAAAGAAGAAACGGAGGUAACGAUGCCUUUGAAGCUCUUGGUAAACAUGGAGGGGGAUAAGGCAAAGGUUCUUUAUGCGGAAGCUGGUAAAGACUUCGUAGAUUUCCUCUUCAACGUCAUGUCACUUCCAUUAGGUACCCUUAUGAAGCUCAUCAAAUCGAAAGACAACAUGGCGGGUUGCCUAGGCGACCUUUACACAAGUAUUGAGUCUCUCAAUGGUGAAUACUUGCAAGAAAAUGUUGAUAGAGACGCGGUGUUGAAGCCAAGAGGUUCUGUUAGUGUUCCUUUGUUGUCCAUAAAUAAUGAUGCCCUAGUUAAUUCAGAGGAUGAGGUUGAAAAUCUAAGCAAUGUUAGUGUUCCUUCUUUGUCCAUAAAUAAUAAUGAUGCCCCAGUUAAUUCUGAGGAUGUUGAAAAACCAUGCAAUAAAACUGGUGCUGGAUAUGUGAUGGGAGGAGUAUUAACUUAUAUGGUAAUGGAUAAUUUGGAAGUCAAACCUAUGUCUACCUCUUCUGUUGUUACUCUUAUGAAAAAGUUUCAUGUCAAGGAUGCUUCUUCAUUGAUCGAGAGGAAUGUUCGAGUGGGUCUUAAUCAGGGGGUAGCAAUUUUGAAGGCAUCCUUGGAGACUCGAGCUGUUUUGACCAAUGUCUUCCUCGAAUGUAUUGACUUACACCCGAGUGCAUCUAGAGGAAGAUCUCGAUGGCAUUUUUUCAAAUAAAAGUGACAUGCAUAUUGUACAUGGCAGUAAAACUUCGAAAAACAGGGUCUUCCUCUACACUUGCCACGUGAAAUUUCUUGCAAUUUAUCAUAUAUGGUCAUAUGGAUCUUGUUUUAAUAUACUUUUUAAAAUGAAUUCAAAUUAUUUGAUGUAAAAACAACAAAAUUAUAAAAUAUGUAUUGAAUAUCAUACAAUAAUUUAUUUUGUAUACAUUAUGAAUGGAAUAUUGAAAUUUAUCAAAAAUAAUAUAAACUCCAUUUUUUUUAAUCUUAAAUAAUCUAUUUUAAUUUUGCUUGUUGUCAUCAUAUGUGUCGUAUCAAUGCAUAAUUGUCAUCUGGUGGAAUACUUGGCAAAAAGCUAAAAUGCCAAAUGUUGUCUAGUUCAAUGGCGGACCUUCAUGGGCCUAGCCCCUGGUACCAGCCAAAAAGAAAAAAAUAAAAAAUAGUUGAAUAGGAUGAGUAUUGGAGUAUUAGAAAUAGCUUAGUUCAUUGUUUCAAAAAAAAAAAAAAAAAAGAAAUAGCUUAGUUUAAGAAAUACAUAUAGAGGCCCAAAUUUGCUUUAACUGUGUAAUUGCUUUAACCGUAUAAUUCUACAAUCCAUAACACACUUCCUAUCUACCUACCUCCCUUAGUGGCCUAUUUUCUUUCUUUUUUUUUUUUCUAUAUUUUUUAAUAAACCCUAGGUACUACACGGUUAAAGCAAGUUACUACUCCAUAGUACUUAUCAAUUUACUUGGCAAGACUAGCACUACUACAGUACUAGUAUUACUUUCGCACCAAAUCAAAAAUCUAUAGGUAAAUUUAAGAGCUUUACUGUGCUUGUUUUUGUUUAAUUUAUUGAUGUUUGCAAUUUCU